AGAAUGGGAACUUCUAAACCACAUGUCUCGAUAGACCUAUCCACACAACCUUAAAUUAAAAAGCACAAGAACGUAUCACAGUUUCCCUUUGCCAGAAAAUUUCAGCCUAAUAACUAAUCAGUAAAAGACCCUUUCCGAUGCUUCAUCCUUCUGCCUCUCAAAGUUGAUAGUUCCAUCCCACCCCACGUGAAGUUUUAAUGGUUAAGCUAGUGCAGCCACCAAUGAGAGAUUCCCACGUGAGUCCCCUCAUUUGUAGAACAAUGAAUGUCAUGAAACUUCAAAGGUUUGCCCCAGCUAGAAAUCAUUCAAGGUUAAACACCUCAAGAUUUGGUGAGAGACCAUUGUGGUUUAGACCCAUCACAAUUAUUAAAGUUGCAGAACACAAUUCUGGCUCAGGCUUGGAUGAGCUUGAAACACUUGCUCAGAAGAAAAUAGAGAUUUACCAAGCGGUGGAAGGAAUCAAUAGGGGAAUCUUCGGAAUCCCAUCAGCCAAGAAAUCUGAAAUUGAAAGUUUGGUGAAGCAGCUAGAAUCUCUGAAUCCAAAUCCAUACCCAACUCUUGAACUUGACAAGGUGGGUGGGUGCUGGAGGCUUGUAUACAGUACAAUCUCAAUUUUGGGAUCAAAGAGGACCAAGUUAGGCCUUAGAGACUUUAUCUCAUUGGAUGAUUUUUUUCAGACUAUUGACAUAUCCAAGAGCAAAGCAGUUAAUGUGAUCAAGUUCAGUGCAAGAGGGUUGAGUUUGUUGUCUGGACAACUUAGUAUUGAGGCCUCUUUCAAGAUUGCAUCCACAACAAGGGUUGACAUUAAUUUCGAAAACUCCACCAUCAUUCCUGAUCAGUUGAUGAAUGUAUUUCGGAAAAAUUAUGAUCUUUUGUUGGGCAUCUUCAAUCCAGAGGGAUGGCUGGAAAUCACAUAUGUUGAUGAUACCAUGAGAAUAGGAAGGGACGACAAAAGCAAUAUCUUUGUGCUGGAAAGAUUUGAUGAUAAUAAUAACUCGUAGUCACUUUGCUUCCACUUUAAUCAUCAAAAUUAAUUAGUACGCGACGCAUUUUUUUUUUAUCCCUACAUACUUUUUUGUUUUGAAAUUUUGUUGGGCAAGAUUCAUUUAGGAAAUAUGUCGAAAAUAUCUUCUUAUACAAAUUAUUAAGCCAGAAAUAAACAUGUUUUGCUUAAGAGAAGCACUUAAUUA